AUGUCUACAGCAAGUGGUGAUCACCAUCAUCGUUAUAUCGUCUACCUGCCACGCAGUAAGGAUUCCAAACCCUGUCCUAUUCGUGUUCCGAAGAAUGCGGACGUCGAUGCCCUAGAUGCGGCAAUUCGUAAACAUCCAAAUUUCAAACAUCACGUAGAGGGCGAACAGCUAACUUUUUAUAAGUGUGGAAUUUUGAAUGUGGUCCCACGCAAGUCAUGUUAUGGACGUACUAUGGAUUGGCUUUGCAAACACGCGCGCGAUGAGGAGGAGGAGGAGGAGGAUAUGGAUAUGGGGCUUACAGACCGUCUGAAUGAAUAUUUUCCCGACGGCCCUGUGCCAGAGGACAAGAAGAUGAUAGAUGUUAUUGUUGUGACUAAAUCCAAAAGUUUGGAUGAUACUGUUUUCGGUAGCAACAAGCAACAUCCCGCAAGGCCCCACAAAGAUGACAAUGAAAUGAACAGGAUUGUUGAAGAAUUCUUUAAAAGAUUGGACAGAAGGCUUUGCGAACAUCUCAAAGGUCUACCAUGGAAGGAUGUCUGGCAAGCCUCGGAGGAUACACAACCCCACUACGCGCAAUUCAUUGAGAACCUCGGAAUUCCUCAAGUGUUAGGUCGCCCCGCACUACUCCUCCAUUGUCUAGGGGAUGGUGUGGUUGACGCGGAAAUUCUGUCGGAAUUGGCAGAUGGAUCGUCAAAAAUACUAACUAACACGUCUGGAAGUGGGAAGACUCGGCUAUUGAUUGAACUCCUGGCCAUGAAAUGGGGCUUUUAUUUCACAACUGCUGCUGACUUCGCCAACCUCCGGCUCGGUUCCCAGGAUGUGUACGAUGCAAUAUUCAUGCGGAUUCCCAACCAUACAAAUUUUACCGAGAAACCCAAGGAUGUACACAGCACCAACUCCCCAGAGCUGGAACCUGCAUACCGCCGCAACCAUAGCAUUGUUGCACGUUUAGUGUAUCAGAUCCUCACAGCUCGUGUUAUUGUCUUUGAGCACUUUUUGACAACAUUCCGUACCCUUUGGCCGGGCGGAAAUAAAGACAUCAACGAGGCCAAGCUGUACUGGUUGUCAUUGCAAUUGAAUUCCUCUGGAAUUUUAGGAUGUGACGUAUUCAAGGAUUUGGCAAAGAUCCUUGAUGAUGCCAGCAACAACUUUAUCAUGAUGGAUUCGCUAGAGAUCCAGAAUCGCUUAUUCAGAGCAAUAUCGGAGUUCAAGCUGGAUAGUGGCAUCUUCUUGGUACUCGACGAGGCGCAAGUGGCGGCAGAACAAUUGACCGGAUGUUUUAGGUCGUACCAAUUCCCAGAGAAGCCACAUGCUGUCCUGAGUCCGAUCAUUAAAUCGUGGCUUGCUGCUACAUCUUUUCCGAUCAUCGUGUCAAGCACUGGCCUGUCACUUAAUAUGAUCAACGAAACUGUAACUUCGGCGGUUGGGAAGCCGGCUACUUUCUUGCCAUUCACCACGACUGGCGCGUUUGAUGACAAGGUUCGACAAGAGAAAUAUAUUCGCCGGUACACACCUCCUGGCUUUCUUGACAGUGAUUCUGGGAAGGAAUUUCUCCAGAGAGCAUGGAAUUUUGCACGCGGAAGACAUCGCUUUACUGCAGCAUUGUUGACUCAACUUUUGAGAGCAUCGUUUCAAUCGCCUCACAGAACGCUGAAUGCCUUCGUCAAGUCCUUAUGCAAGUUUACUCCUGCCGAUGCUGAGCAGUUCAUAAAUGCAGAGCCAGAAAUUAGGGAAGGCUUUGGCGCUAUCAUACCACUGGAUUUCACAAAAAUCACAUCGAGGGUUGAUGUGCUUUGCAAUGUUAGUAGAGCAUUGUAUAAAUGGCUCGUGCUUCGAACCAGGCUUCCAUUUGAGAAUGAGAAAGACGACCUGAUAGAACUAGGGUUUGCCCGACUUGUCAACGACCCCGAAAAAGGAUAUAUUGAUGAACCGCUAGUUCUGCUUGGAGCAGCGCAGGAAUUCAGCAAAUCCUCCUUUUCACUAGAAUGUGAGGCUUUGAGUGGCCUCCAGUCACACGAAGGUCGAGGCGAACAUUUCGAGGAAUUUGUCGCAUAUUCCCUCGCGUGUGCAUUUGACGGGGAGAGGAAACUGUGCGAAUUGUUUUCCUUCGGGGAACAUGUCCCAGACUGGGCGCAACAAUGUGCCGAACUAGUUGCUCUCACUAUGGACAAUGGAGUGGUAAUGUCCAAUCGCUUUCAUCUACCACAAUAUCUCAGCUCUACAACAUCCAUCGGCAAGAGAUGUGAGACAGUCGAUGUGACGUUGGAAUGGUUCCGGAACCCAUCAUCGGUAAUCUGUUUCCCCGACAAGUAUAUGGGCCCAGACAUUGUUUUAUUUGUCUGCCUUGACUCUGGGUCGAUCCUGGCAAUCGAAGUGAAGUGUAAAUGGGUCAGCAAGGGAACGUUAGAUAAGGAGGCGUGGGAGAGUGCAGUUUCGACCCUUGAUCUUGCACAGCUGUACAGACGAAAGAGUUUGGGUGCCAGAAAAACUGACAAGGCCAGGGGCACUGUUUUGGAUCUUUUCAACUGUCUAAACCCAAUAACCCCUCUUCCAAAUGAUAAGUGGUUCCAAGACAGAUUGCCGGUAUUGCGGGUCAUUGCAUCAUUCCCCGCUACACCUUUUGAAGCUCAACGUCGAGGAUCGACUUAUUAUACAACCUUUAACAUGGAAUACUGCUCAGAAGUAACACAUGCAACACGUUUGCUGGAGAGUGUGAGCCUUUCGCUUCUUAAUGUCAGAAAGUACACAGGAGAUGGUAGUGCAGUUGUCCCGGCCAAGAGGCAGCAUACAUAA